UACCUUUUGCAUAUAGCGCCAUCUAUUGCAAAUUUACAUUGCGUGCACAAGGCGUGUUUAUCUACAUGACACCUUAUACCUUAAAGCUGUUUCUUGAUUUAUAAAAUCCGAUAAGGCGAAAAAUAUAUACUCCCACUAAAAAGCUAAUGAUGCCAACCAAGAAUUCAUGCGCAUAUUAUGCCCACAUUCUACAUUCCUUUUAACCAGCGCAGUGUAGAAGUUUACAUACGCAUUGGUAUUUUGGUCGAGUUCCAGUGCUACCAGCCACAUUCAGCUGUAUUUGAAAUCUCAGAUUCGAACGCGGUCACACUGAGCACGUGGAGAAGACGAAGCAGCUGGAUUGAGAAAUUAUUGGAAACAACGCAGUAGAAGCACAACAGAUUGCACCAUGGAGGCAGCGAACAUCAAGGCGGACGCAUUCGAGCCGGCGAAGAGAGCGACCAAGCGCGGAGCCACCGGAGGUGGCCAGCAGGACGUGGAGAUGCAGGUGGACGAGGCGACCGGCAUCGAAGGCCAGGUGCUGGGAUCUUCGCGAGCAUCGGCGCCGCCCAAGGCAAAGAGGGCCAAGAGCGAGCUGCGCAAGGUGUCUGUGCCGCCGCACAGGUACUCCUCGCUGAAGGAGCACUGGAUGAAGAUCUUUACGCCCGUGGUGGAGCACAUGAAGCUGCAGAUCCGCUUCAACAUGAAGGCGCGCCAGGUGGAGCUGCGUGUGGGCCCGGAGACGCCUGACAUUGCCAACCUGCAGCGCGGCGCUGACUUCGUGCGCGCCUUCCUCUGCGGCUUCGAGGUGGACGAUGCCCUGGCCCUGCUGCGGCUGGAGGACCUGUUUGUCGAGUCGUUCGAGAUCAAGGACGUGAAGACUCUGCGCGGCGACCACCAGUCGCGCGCCAUUGGCCGUCUCGCCGGCAAGGGCGGACGCACCAAGUUCACCAUCGAGAACGUGACCAAGACCCGCAUCGUGCUAGCCGACAGCAAGAUCCACAUCCUGGGCAGCUACCAGAACAUCCAGCUGGCGCGUCGAGCCGUCUGCAACCUGAUUCUCGGCUCGCCGCCCAGCAAGGUGUACGGCAACCUGAGGGCAGUCGCCUCGCGCCUCUCGGAGCGCAUGUGAUUGGGAGAUUGGACUGAAUUGGACUGGAGCGGAGUGGAGUUCAGUUUGAGCGGGAGUAGUUGCGGUUUUUUUUAGCAUUAGCAAUAAAUAAUAAAUAUAUUAACAUGUAUUCAUACAUUUACAAUAUA